AACUCUCAGUGGUGCGCCUGUGACUGCCCAGUCUCGCGGAAGCAGCGUCCGCGAAGAGUCGCGCGCACGCGGUAUCGCGUCCCACUAUUGUCGGUGUUUAGUUGUACAAAUAACAUUAAAACCCGUGAGCUACACAAAAACUAACACCAUGGAUCCCGAAGCAUUUUUAGACCUGGCUAACCAGGUUAUCAAGCUGAAAAUGUACCCAUACUUCGACAUAGCACAUUCUUUAUUGUGCGCUCUUGCAGUCAGAGAAGAUUUAGGAACUGGUGCGCAAGCGUUCUCGCGCAAGCACCCGCUGUCCUGCUGGCUGUCGACUAUGCUGGUGAUCUUCGCUGGCGGUAUGGUCGUCAACGGGCUGCUCGGAGAACCGAUCCUGGCGCCGCUCAAGAACACGCCGCAGCUUGUUAUUGGCACUGUAACAUGGUACGUGGUCUUUUACACUCCAUUCGACGUGGGCUAUAAGGUGGCGAAGUUCUUACCAGUGAAGGUAGUGGCUUCAGCUAUGAAAGAGAUCUAUCGGGCGAAGAAAGUUUACGACGGUGUCUCACACGCCGGCAAACUGUACCCCAACGCCUAUGUUAUUAUGAUCAUUAUUGGAACCCUGAAGGGCAACGGAGCAGGUUUCACCAAGCUGGUGGAGCGACUCAUUCGCGGCGCCUGGACCCCGACUGCCAUGGAAACUAUGCAGCCUAGCUUCUACACGAAGGCAUCCCUGGUGGCAUCAGUGAUUUUCGUGCUGGACAAGAAGACGGACAUCAUCUCUGCGCCGCACGCGCUCGUAUACUUCGGCAUCGUCAUCUUCUUUGUCUACUUCAAGCUGUCAUCAAUCCUGCUGGGUAUCCACGAUCCGUUCGUGCCCUUCGAGAACCUGUUCUGCGCGUUGUUCCUGGGCGGCAUCUGGGACUCGCUGGCCAAGCUGCUGGGCAAGGGACAGCCUAAAGAAGAAACUAAGGACGCUAAGAAAACGAAUUAAUAUAUCUUGUGCCGCCACAACAUCUUCGCUACGUAAUCAACUGACACCGACAAUACAUUGCGACGGCUUCCUCUUAGGAAUAAACAUAAAAAUAUGAUAAAAAAAAACAUAAAAAAAUAGAAAAAUCCCUUAAAGCCCAAAAAAAUGGCACAACGACCAAAGUUUUGAUUUCAUUAGUUUUAAGUUUGACUAGUCAGUAAAUUUUUAUUUAUUUGUGAGACGUACAUGAAAAUGAUAAUAUUAGAGUUAAUAAUCAUAGUUUGAUUGUUCCUACCUUUGCCAAAAUGAGUGAUUUUUAAGUAUUGCCGUAAUAAUUAUUUUAUAUUUCUUUUUCAAUAAAUGAAAUUGUAACGUUAUAUAGUUAUGCCGCCAAGUUUUUACCUAAGCGUGUGACAAAAAGUAAACAAAAUAAUCGAGCAUUAAGAUUAUAUUGUUUUAGUUAAGAUUUAUUUCGAAACGACAAUCGACUUCCGACUUCCUUUAGUCGCCACUGCAGUAUUUUCCAGUAGCCUGCCUACUUCCAAAGACGGGGCUUCCCCUUUAAGAUGAAUUACCAAUGACAAUAUAAUUACAUUUAAUUAGAAUAAUUAAUUUUAAAUCUGUAUAUGAAACAUCCAACCGAAUCGUACGGUGCAAUCACGGUGAGGCGACAGUGUUUCGUAUCCAAACUAUUUUACCAGUAUUUUAUUAGUAGGUACUUAAUGUUACCAUGAAACAUCUGUCUACCCUGCAGGGUGCAACGCGGGCUAGCCACAUGUUUCAUGAAGUAUAUGAUUAUGAAAUAAAUGUGAAAUUAUUCAACAAUUGUUUUAAAUAAUUUAAUUACCUGACUCGCUAAAGGAAGCAAUAAAUUGUUUUUAUUUA